AAUAAAAAAGUAAUUGAAAACCCGCCGCAUUUAAGCAGGAAAGAAUUAUCUGAAUAAAAAAAAAGUGAAUUAACACAUUCUUAAUUGAAUCUAAUUAUUUUUAUGUGCUCUUGAUUAUAAUUGAAUCAAAUUUCUUUAUCUCUGAGCUAGCUGAUUCGAGUUGUUCAUAUGUGUUUAGUGUUAAUAAAUAAAAAAAAUUGAACCCGCAUCAUUCUCAAAUUUUAGAUAAAAAAAAUGCGUUGAGUGCUUAAAAAAGUUUCAGAAAAAUAUAAAGAAUCGAAUCGAAGUGGAUAAAAAUAAGAAAAAAAUAGAUCUAAAAUAAUUAGAAAUGAGAAAAUCUAUUGCGCAAUAUAAUUGCCAGUCAGCGACCACCCACACAAUGGAUAAAAUAAAUCACAACAAUCAGCCCAAUCAUCAAACGCGAUCUAAAAUGAAAUCGAAAACAUAUGGAUCAUCAUACAAAUGUCAUCAGUGUCGAGUGCCGUUAUUAAUGGUCGCUUUUAUAGUCGCUAUUGAAUUAUUAUUAUUUACAAAUGUGUCACAUUGUGCCAAUGCCAAAUCCUAUGUGCUGCACUGGAAUACGACAAAUCCACUGUGA